GUAUAUGUUAUUGACUUGACUCUGUACAGACUGCUGCACCCAAACAAGACUUGCUGUCAUUUCUAUAGUAACCGGUGUUCACUGCUGUCUCUUAAUUAUAACGUCUCAUCUGGGCUGAUUUGGUAAGUGCAACGUCGAUGCGAUGACUAAAAGGAGCGUCAAAGAAAGUUUGUCCGCACAGUUAACGUUUACAAAUCAUUAACAGCAGCUAGCUCUAACAUAGCCUUAGCUGCAGAGGCUAGCUACUAGGACAACUCCGGCUAACUUUAACCCCAGCGGCUAAAAAAAGGACAAAAUGUCAGGAAACAUUUACGAAACUUUAGGAAUGUAAAGGUCAACGAAGGCUUUUUAUUGUUGAAUUCAAGUUGCACUACAGUUUUAAAGGUACACACGUACUGUAAGCUAAUGCUAGCUAUGCUAGUAAAGGGCGAUGUUGGAGCUGAAAUAAGUCCAAAACUUAGGUUGUAAAAUAAUGGGGACAUCAGUAAACCCUGCUGAUUCUAGGCCUGUUUUUCUUUUUAAAGAGAGACAUAUUGGUUGUAUUUAAUGUUGUUAGUCUAGCUGACCUUAGUCCACCUAUAACUGCAGCUUUAAUAGUAAGUUUAUUCAUGAACUUUCUGUACAACAUCAAAACAGAGUCAUUCAGAGUGCAUUAGGGGGUGAAAACACAGCAUCAGUGACGGGAAACAUGAAAAAAAAAACAUGUUACAAUUAAAAUAGAAAGUAAAAGGUCAGGGCACAAAGAGGUAUUGUCAAAACUAGGACUACUAUAGAACCAGUAUAGGUAAAUAGGAGCAUGCUGAUCUACCAUUAGGCAACUUUCAAUGAAAAUAUUUAAGAUGCUGAAGCAUAAAACAGUUAAAAGCAGCAAAUACAUAUGGAUUAUAUCAGAGUGAUUUUGUAGAAGUGAUUGGAUUCACCAGAAGACAGCAGAGCUAACAAAUUGAGAUCCCUGUAACCUGACAAACACAUAAAGACUAGGGCCCGACCGAUUUAUGGGCGAGCCGAUUAAAUUGGUCAGUUUUAGCCCAUUUGAGACUAAAAGGUAAUCGGCCAAAACUCGCCGAUAUUUUCAGAAAUAAAAUGCGGAGAAUAAGAUUCGGUUUCACUUUGAAAAUGUUCCACCAUUUGAAAAGUUCCCUGACUUAUCCUGUAGAUGGCGCACCAACCUCAGGACAGUCUUUAGCCACUAACUACCUCACAGCAUAGCAGAGUGACGGAUCUGAAGCAGGCAGCUCAGGGACACACGGAGGAGAGUGGUCCGCCUCAGCAGUAAAUAAACUAGUUUGUGAAAUACACGAUAAGUCAACAAGUUUCAGUUUAACCCACUUCACGAUGUUCCCCGCUGUGCUGGUCUCAGUCACGCCGAGUUAACGGUGAAGCACCAUGUAAUAUGCAAGCUAAAGUUAGAGUUAGCCACCUGCUAUUAGCCUCGCUAGACUGUUAGCCGUGCCAGUGAUGGUAGAAUAAAUAACAGUACACAUUCUGUGAAAAAGCUACCUCUCUUACUGAGGCAGCUGCAUGUCUCUAGAUGAGACUGGACAGGAAAUUAAGUAACGUGAGUUAAGACGCAGAGGCACCGAAUGGGGGGGGGGGGGGGGGGGGAGAAUCUACAGUAUAUAUAUAAUUUAAAACUUCAUAGAAAGUUUAAAAAAAUGGGCCGAUUAAUCGGAUCCCUCCCCAAUAAUCGGUAUCGCAUCGGCCCCAAAAAAUCCAUACGGUCGGGCCCUAAUAAAGACAGUUCAAUUGUCCCACUUUUGUCCAAGAACCAUUGACGAAGUAUGCCCUUUGUUAUCUAUCCAGCCAUUGGAAAUCUUAGUGCGUGUCAUUGUAUCCUCUUGUUUAGACUACUAUGAUGCUUUUUCCCCCCAGCCUGAGCAAUGACAACUUUAAUCAGUUAAAGUUGGUCCAUAAUCUGCAGCAGACUACCUCCAGUCAUUCCACAUUAUCCCGGUUCUGAUAACUUAACUGACGUCGAUUUAAAUCCAGGAUGUAGAUCCUCCUUCUUGUCUAGAAAGCCUUGAAUGGUCUUGCUUCAGAGUAUGUCUUAAGAACAAAUAAUUUUAGCAAUGCCUGUGAUGGGCCCCUCAAGUCCUAUGAAUGAGGAGUACUCUGUAAUUCUUGCUUUUGACUAAAACAGGAUGAGUUUGCUGAUUUGGGACUUUACUGUAAAACAGUUUUUCACUACAGCAGGAGUCCGAUGAGUAGACUCUAAAGGUGUUUAAAGUCACAUUUGAAGACCUGUCACUCUUCUCACUAUUUCUGUUCUUGAGUUGUGAUCAGUGAUCUAGAUCCUUUCUAUUUUGAUUGCUCUUUAUAUGUUUAUAUUUUCUUUUUAAAAUUCAUUUGACCUUUGGUGAAGGAUUUGUAUCUGAGGUUUUUAAAAGGUGCCUUUGGCAAUAUAAUCUUCUUGCUUACUCACUCAUUUUUUCCCCUGCUGAGUAAUAUGGCAACAAAAAUGACCGCACCCUGCUUGGUUCUGAUUCUGCAAACAGAAAGAGAACUUGUCCUGCAGGACCUUAAAGGUCUGAAUGUAUCGGAUAUGAUAGGUAUUUUGGCUCAAGACCAUGUUGUGCUUUAAAUACUAGAAGAAGGGUCAUAAACCCUAUCCCCAUUUGACUCGCAUAAAGCCAGGAAGGAUAACAACACUGUAUUUUCAUGAAGCUGUUUGAAAUAGAUAGGAACCUUUGGAGUUGAUUUGAAUCUAUGUCAUUGUAACCUUGCAAUCCUGGAUAUGUGAUUAGUUUGUGAGUCUGUGUUUUUGUUUGUGUGCACAUAGCUGUUGCAGAAAGCACAGCCAUGUGCAGCUGUGUGCGGAGCUCCAGGGCUCUGUCCCCUGUCCUGCUCCCCCGUCUGCUACUUCCCCAGACGGGUAACAGAUUGGCUGGCAGGGGCCUCUGGACCUCCCCGCACUGCAUGGCUAUCAGUGGAGACUCCCAGCCGCUCCCCCUGCCCAGCCAGGCCCGGGUGGUGAUAUGUGGAGGAGGCGUUGUGGGAACGUCGGUAGCCUACCACCUGGCCAAGCUGGGAUGGACCGACAUAGUGCUGCUGGAGCAGGGCAGGUGAGAUAACACUACUGGGACAUAAUACAGUGGAUAUAAAAAGUCUACACACCCCUGUUCAACUGCCAGGUUUUUGUCAUGUAAAAAAAUUAAAUCAAGAUAAAUAAUUUCACAACUUCUUCCACCUUUAAUGUGACCUGUUACCUGUACAACACAAAUGAAAAACAAACAGAAAUCUUUAAGGGAGGUGAAGUAAAAAUAAACAACUGAGAUCAUGUGUUUGCAUAAGUGUGCACACCCUUUAAUAACUGGGGAUGUGGCUGUGUUCAGAUUUAACCAAUAACAUUUAAACUUAAGUUAAAAUUGGAAUCAGCACACACCUGUCAUCAAUCCAAGUGCCUCUGAUCAACCCCAAAUAAAGUUAAGCUGUUCUAGUAGCUUUUCCUGACAUUUUUGUAGCCACAUUUUCCAGCACAAGCCAUGGUCUGCAGAGAGCUUCCAAAGUAUCAGAGGGAUCUUAUUAUUUAAAGAUAUCAGUCAGGUGAGGGCUACAAAAUAAUUUCCAAGCAAUUAAUGGAACACAGUAAAGACCAUCAUCAUCAAGUGGAGAAAAUAUGGCACAACAGUGACAUUACCAAGAACAGGACGUCCGUCCAAAGUUGAUGAUAAGACGAGAAGAAAACUGGUCAGGGAGGCUACCAAGAGGCCAACAGCAACACUGAAGGAGCUGCAGGAAUUUCUGGCAAGUACUGGCUGUGUAGUACAUGUGACAACAAUCUCCUGCUGUCUUCAUAUGUCUGGGCUAUGGGGUAAGGUGGCAAGACAGAAGCCUUAUCUUAAGAAAAACAUCAAAGCUCAGCCUAAUUUAGCAAAAAGACAUCUGAAAUCUCCCAAACGCAUGUGGGAAAAUGUGUUAUGGUCUGAUGUAGGCCUGUCACGAUAACAAAUUUUGCUGGACGAUAAUUGUGCUACAAAUUAUUGCCGAUAAACGAUAUUAUUGACACCGUUUUUUAAAUUAUAGAAAAUGAUAAUAUAUGGCAUAAUAAUGCGAGUACACCAUGCCAAAAGUGAUAAACUUCAAUUUCCACUGUCUGUCAGCGCGCACCAUUUUGCACUGUUUUGUUUAUAUUUGCUUUGCUUGCCAAACACUUCAGUAAACGGUACCUGUCGGGACGAUGGCUCCGCAGCACCUCCGGCGGUACUUUUUUUGCUCAGUUAGGAAAAAUGGAGGGGAUGAUUGUGCUUGAGGUGCGCAUGCAUGUUCGUCGUAUUCCCCUUCUUUGUCACCACAAUUUUGGAACAAACACGACAUAUCGGCUUGUCCGUAUUUGUGGGCUCACCUCUUUCAUUUGGUUUAAAGCCGAAAUAUUCCCACACUUGGGCUGUUGCGUUCGGUUUAGACACCGAAGCUGUCGUGUUCAUUCUGUUUGCUUGCUUUUCACUCACGACGCUCACUUGCAGCACUGUCUGUCAGACUUUCAAGUCUGUCUGUGUGCCUGUGCGCGCCUACGUGUACCUGUGCGCGCGCCCCCCCAUGACAAAGAUACUGAAUGACUGACAGGAGGGUUCACUAACUCCGUUCAUUCCGCUAUAGAGCCAACGCCCCCAGGUACCGAGAACAAUGUGCAGAGUGAGACCUCUUCUCUCAUCCAGCGUGUUUGGUAGCGAGAGAGUAGGAAAACAAACGCACAUUAAUUAUCGAGGCUGGCAAAAUGACCGACCUCGUUUUUAUUUACAGAGCGAUAAGGCGAUUUAUUGAUUAUCGCGACAGGCCUAGUCUGAUGAAACCAAAGUUGAACUUUUUUGGCAUCAUUGCAAAAGGUAUAUUUGGCGCAAAAUCGACACUACUCAUCACCAAAAGAACACCAUACCUACAGAGAAGCAUGGUCGUGGCAGCAUCAUGCUUUGGGCCUGUUUUUCUUCAGCUGGAACUGGUGCCUUAGUCAGGGUGGAGGGAAUUAUGAACAGUUCCAAAUACCAGUCAGUGUUAACACAAAACCUUCGGCCUUUUGCUAGAAAGAUGAAGAUGAAGAGGAACUUAUAUGGCAACAAUUGCAUUGUACAGGUUAUAGGUGACAUUAAAGUGGGAAAAAGUUGUGAAAAUAUUUAUCUUGUGGUCAUUUUCUUACAUCACUAAAACCUGGCAGUUGAACAGGGGUGUGUAGACUUUUUAUAUCCACUGUAUAUGGGUUUGUCUGGUGGUUUAAAUGUGUUAGGGGGAUCCAAUGAAUUGUUAAAGUAACUGGUUAAAUUGGCUUUGAGAAAUACUGCCCGUCAAGUAAUCAACCUGAACCUCAACAAUCCUCUGGGGGAGUUGAGUGGACAUGCGCCCCAACAGUUUUUAACCUUCUGAGUUAAAAGGAGGAGAAGCUGAAAUGUGUAUUGUCCUGUUAAUACUGUACUUCCUGUCCUGUUCCUCUGUUUGGCAGGCUUGGUGCAGGGACAACCAGGCUUUGUGCUGGCAUAGUCAGCGUGGCGAAGCCUAUUUCCAUUGAGUGUCAAAUGGCAAACUACUCCAAUAAUCUUUACCAGCAGCUGGAGGAGGAGACUGGAGUUAAAACAGGUCAGCCACUGUGACAGAGGCAGAGGCUUCUGUGUGACUUAUUAUAUUACUGCUGCAAUAAAUUAGCUGACCAUAAACAUUUCAUAGAGCUGUUUAUUCAUCUGUUUUAUUGCCAUUAAUUUCAACAGUGAUAGGAACCUUUAUUAGCUGCACUGACUCUGAUGUGUUUUUUGAAGAAAGGUUGUAUGAGGUACUUGCCAAUAUUAGGUCUGUUUUCUACAGGGGAUUCUGGUCAGCUUGGCCUCUUUGUAGAAAAAGUAACAUGAGCACCCAGACACAAGUUAGGUUAUUUGUUGGCUGCAAACGGGUCAUUUUUAACACAUUAUUUAACUAAUUUUAAGAAGCUCCAACCUAAAGACUAUUUUGGGAGAAACCACAGUUAUUUUUGCAUUGCUCUCAUAUGCAACAUGUUUGGUCUUCUGCCAGAAUUAUACUCAUCUGCUGUUGGGGUCUGCAGAGACAAAAAUACAACCAAACUAAGUUAAGAGAUACUUCUAUGAAACCGAGUUUACAGUGAAAGAACUAGACCCAAUGGGAAUAGAAUGAGAAGAAACCUAAGUGCCGGUUGGGGAAACCGCUUACUGUCAUGAGUGGGACAUUUCUGAAUCACAGGAUGUCUGCAGAUUACAGUGACUCUGUCUGCUUCACCUGAUGCCACUGAACGCCACUGUUUUCCUCCUUUUCCUUCGUUUUGACUUAAUAAGUUAAGUUAAUUCAGAAAAGCAGAAUGGAAGUGUGUCUGUCUUUGUGAUAACUCUUUUGCCCCUAUUUAUUUAUUUAUUUGUUUUUGUAUGAUGACACAACCUGCGUUUUGCACGAGAUGUUUACCUCAAAAUACACUUGGUUCACUGUUGAAGGGGAAGACUGAGUAGAAACAACAAACUCUACAGCUAUUUCUGUGUCAGCCAGAUAAUGUUCUCUGUAUGUUGCUUGAAAUUAUGUCAAACUAGUAGAAAUUUUGGGAGAUUCGUCCUGGACCUAAGUGCUGCACAUGCUGAUGAAACUGCAACCCCGAUUGAGCCAAUAAAAAUGCAUUUAAGAGUAUUGGAAAGGUCAUCUGUAAGCCCCAUGCAAACAGAGGAUAAUCUACUAAGAACGCCACAAACACCUCUUAUUGCACAAAAAGGGUUUUGUACAAGAAAAUAGUAUAAACAAAUAUUUGCUCGCUGACAAGAAAGUAAAGCAGUAAAGAUUUUAGAGUGUACACUUACACUGAGAAUACUGCUUUGGUUGGAGUUCCUUCAAAUCAGCUAAAUUAUGUGGAGGGUUUUUCCAUGUCUGCAGCAAUUAAUAGUCUAGCUACCAUUCUGUUUCCCAACAAAGAGGCAAAGCCAACCUGGACCUCUGUGAGUAAUGCUUUUACUAUCGACACGCAUAUUAAUUUGGCUUUUUGAAAGCCAAAGCGAUAACUCCCCUGACAGCCUUGAAUUUGUAACCAUGACCAUGACUUUACACUGUGACUCUGUGAAUGUGGUAUAGCUUGUGUUUUUUGAGACCUGCUAAAUCCAAUCAGUACAAGGUUUCCUGUGUUUGUUUAUGUGUUCCAGGGUAUGUAAAGACAGGGUCUCUGUGUCUUGCUCAAAAUCAGGACCGCUUUCUCUCUUUGAAACGCCUGGCCUCUCGGCUAAGGUAAGAAACCCAGAAGCUCAUGCAGAUGUUUAGAAGUCUUAUAUUUGGAAGCAUCUAUACUUAUGAGUAUGAAUUAAGACAUAAUGGUGCUCACAGAGCUCUGAACGUUUGGCAUGAUUAUGCUUUUUGAACAUCAGAAUUUGAUUGCUGGUUAAGUAAUGAUCCCACUUGCAAGCACCAUCAUCAGCCUUUUAUUGUUUCUGUCUCUUCAUGUCCUCCCAUCAAAUACUGGAGAAUUGAUAUCUGUAGUUAUAUUAUGGUGCUGCUCUGCACUCCUGCCUGUUCAGACACUCUAAGGUGUUAAAACAGGUUACAUAUGCCGGGUCUUCUUAGUAGGACAUCAGCUCUCAGGGUAAGGUCUCAUCUCUUUUGCUUGAUUCUCAGGGUGAUGGGGAUCAGCUGCAACAUCAUUAAGCCUAAAGAAGUGGCCAAACUCCAUCCUCUUGUGAACAUCCACGACCUGGUGGGGGCUCUCCACCUCCCCACAGACGCUGUGGUGUCUCCACCUGAUGUCAACCAUGCCCUGGCUGUGGCUGCUGCUGGACAUGGUAAAGAAUGUAACCAUGGACCAUCCCAACAAUGGGUUUUUAAACAAGUCUCAAAGUUGUUACCUUAAACUUGUCUUGAACUCCCUCUUGUUUGCAUCACAUAAUCUGCUCUAUCUCCACACGUUCCAGGGGUUCAGAUCCUGGACCGGACCACUGUCCAACAGGUUCUGGUAGAAAAGGGUCAGGUGCUGGCAGUGGAGACUGACCGUGGCCCCAUUGAGUGUGAAUACUUUGUCAACUGUGCAGGACAGGUAAAUCUCAACUUGUGGUUUUGGGAUUUAAACAGAGAAGACUCAACCAGUCUUAGUGCUCGGAAAUAUAAAGGGAAAAUCUCAUGUAGGAAUUAAUCCUUUACAUUUUACCUUGUCUUUCAGAUAGAUGAUUUAAAAGUGGGAGACAGACGUAUAAUUUUCUGCGAUGCAUUAAACACAGACCUAAUCACAGAAUUUGACAAAAAUAAAAUCAAUUGUAAGACGUACAAUAUAGAGGAAUUUGUUGAAAUCUGGGUGUAAUUCAAUGAUUCCUGACGUUUUUUAAUCCGUACAAGAUUAUUUUAAGUUAUUAAUGAUUAAGCUGCCCCUUUGGUCUGAUAACAAGCUGCAGCACCUAACGCACGCCUUGCCGCAGUGAGAGAGAGGUCUUUCAGCACGUCCCUCCUGUUAAUGCAUUGAUUUUGUUGUCAAACCCUCUCAUAUCGAUGUUCAGGCUGUUAAAUGCAGCACUUUCUUAGUUUAAGAUCACUGUGAAACACUACGUCUUUAAUAAGCCUUGUUUACAUGAGGAACACCUCUUUGCUAAAUCAACCAAGGCUUGGUAGUUAUCUUUGUUUUUAGGGCUGCUGAUGAGAGAUGUUUGUGCUCUGUCUCUCUUUCCUCCAGUGGGCUUACGAGCUGGGCCAGGCGAGUGAGACAAAGGUGUCGGUUCCUCUUCAUGGCUGUGAACACUUCUACCUCCUCACCAAACCUCUUCAGGAAGCUCUUCCAGCAGAAACACCAGGUCUCAUAUUCAUCACUCUGGAACAUUUUAUUUUUCCUGCUACGAACACAAUGACGAAUGGAUUCUAAUGCAUUUAAAAACAUCGACAGCUAAUUGUGAUGGCUGUAAUACGGAAAAGCAACACAUUCAGUAUGUUCUGGCCUGCACUGUGGUCUGCCAUUUGUGAUAGUAUACCAUUCCAGCUCUGUCUAUUUACCUCAUUUUAGCUUAUCAAAAAAUAAAAGCACCAUUUGAUGAGUAGUUACAACGUCACUUCAAAGGACUCUUUUGACAAUUAAAUGCGUGUGUACAUUUAAGAGGGAAGAAUUGAGUCAGUGUAAAGAGAACAGAAAGUCUGCCAUUGGCUGUCUAGUCCAGUGUCUCUAUUACUGUGAGUUGUUAAGCUAGUUGGAUCUUUUCUACUGAAUAAUUAUAUUUCAAAUUAUCGAAUUUCCCCUCAGGGAUAAAUAAAGUUCUCCCUAUCUUAUACCCCAAACAUGUUGACAUGUCUCAAAUGCAUGUCAGUCACUGCUCUGUAGAGUAACACCCUAGUUCCAAUAAACCCCCAAAAUGAGGUGAUCUAACCAAGCCUGUGUUUCUUCUCCAGUGGUGAUUGAUAUGGAUGGCAGGAUAUAUGCCCGGCAAUGGCAAGGGGGACUUCUUUCUGGGGGCUUCGAGAAGAACCCCAAACCCAUCUUCACUGAGGGCCGAAACCAGCUGGAGAUCCAGAACAUGCAGGAGGACUGGGACCACUUUGGUAAUGGGGAGUGGGAGGGAGGGAGGAGGAUAACUAGGAAAUCUGCUCUUGAGCACAGUUACAUAAAUUUUUAGAUUAGAGAAAUAUAAUUAAGAUUUCCACGGUCAUAGCUUCUUGGCAGCCACUUUAAAUAUUAAAUAGGGGAGCCAAAUAAACUGGUGCAAAUGAAAAUUGAAAGUUAAUCAGACAGUUUUUAAAGUGGCAUCCUGUUGAAUCCAGAAAGCAGUACAGUCAAAAAGAGUGAUUGUGGGUUUGUUGUUGUUGUAUACUUCUUAGGUGUGAGUUUUGUUCAUACAGUAUAGAAGGUUCAUGUCAGGCCAGGUCACUGAUUAGUACCUAUUGUUAGUUUUUGUUUGCUGCAACAUGUUGACUUCUAGUAUGGCAAAACAAUUCUCAAACACUACAACAGGAAUCGUAAUGAGAAAUAUGAAGAAAAAAACAGAAGUGUUUUUUAUUUUGUCAGUCUGAGGUAUUGUGUGCAAAAUUCUGAGAUAAAACAUGAAUUUAAUCCAUUUUGGAAAAAGGCUGUUACACAAGAAAAUAUGAAACAAGUGUAGUGCUGUGAAUAAUUUCCAGAUGCACUGUAGAUCACUCUAGGCUAGCAUGUGCACUUAAGGUGAAAUGGGGUAGCCUUGUUUUCCCGCCACCAGGGGGGUUACCACAAAGCGAGCUGAACAUACCCAGUCUCUCCAUGAGUAAACUGGCUUCAUAAAGCAUGAAGUUCAGGUUUAAAAGAGAGGGUACUGGGCAGCUGGUUCUUUACUUUCACAGCCCCCUGAAGUUUUUCCAUUAUGCGUAGAAUAUAUGUUUUAACUGACUGAAAAUAAAUGUCAUGGUCAUUUAAGAUGGACAAGUUAAAUAAAGACAGGUAUAUUACUUGUUUACAUCAGCCAGUUGUUCUAACUUCAUGCUAUAAUGCUUGACAGUUCAAAGUACAUCUCUUAAUGCAUACAUAGGAACACACACACACGCACACACACACACACACACACACACACACACACACACACACACACACACACACCUGUCAUUUGGCCUUGACCUUGUGUUAGUAAUAGGAGAUUUCUCAUGCAGCCUCACAGCAGUCGGAGGAACAGCAGUAAAUCAGCAGGAGAAUGUGAAAUGAAGAAGGCAGGACAGAAUAAACCUGAACUCUCAGUGGUCACGCCACAUGUUUUGUACUGCCAUUUUUUAACAUUACUUGCAUUUGCAUACCAUACUUUAAAUUUGCUGCUAAAAUGUGCAGCUAAUGAAUAAACUCCUUCAGUGAGGUAUUUUGCUCAAACACAAGCUGACCUCUUUUCAGACCUGUUGUCAAAGUGCUUGAACUGAGGGCUAUAUUACAGUGAUGACUGAAAUAGUUUGCCCAGGUUCAGUCAAAGUCAACAUUUGAAAAUAAGAAAACAAGUUCAAGCUGUUAAAUAGCUCAUGACUAAAAGCUAAAGGCCACGACACAUCAUACAUCUUUGAGUCUUUAUAUUGUGCUGCCGUGACUGGAGACGCUGCAUCUGGGUCAGCUUUCAUGUUGGAGAACCUGCUGGACUGUUUAUGGCACAACAUGAAGAUUUAAUGCAGGAUGUUUAAGUUAAGGGAUCUUUUAUGGCAGCUGACGAUGUGGGUCAAGAAGUAGUUGAACUAAGACAACAUGGGCCUAAUAAAGAGGUUUAAUUUUGAUUUUCAUUAGUUUUAAAGGAAAUGGGCAGGAUGACAAGUAGCAGCCAUCAAUAUGUUGCAGCAAGUAGUUGGGUUUAUGGGAAAAGGCUUUACUUACAUAUCCACUCAGCCGUUCGGCUAGCAUAGCUCUGAGCUAACUGUCAUUUUAUUCAUGGAGCAUUUUUGUCAUCUUAUUUAUAUGAACAUAUGUGAUUAGUGUAAAAAUUCUUCAUAGCGAUGUGUCAGUUGACAUCAGCUGAUGUGCUGUGUCUCCAGAGCCGAUGCUAAGUGCCUUGCUGAGAAGGAUGCCGAAUCUUGAGACAGCUGAGAUCCAUCAGCUGGUCAACUGUCCGGAGUCCUUCACCCCUGACAUGCGCUGCCUCAUGGGAGAGACGCCAGGGGUCUCUGGCUACUAUGUGCUGGCAGGGAUGAACUCCUCUGGCCUGGCCUUUGCUGGGGGAGCUGGCAAGUAAGUGCUGGCAUUAGUUUAUUUACUCUGGAAAUAACUCUGCUUCAGUUCGUUACUUUUAAUGCUCAGACAUUACAUGACCAGAAAAAAAAAAAAAACAUGGCUUUUUUUUGAUUUGGCGUCAGGUAUCUAGCAGAAUGGAUGACAUAUGGUUAUCCCACUGCCAACGUCUGGCCUCUGGAUAUCAAACGCUUUGGCAACUUGCAGAGCAGUCGGACCUUCCUGCGACACAGAGUAAUGGAAGUCAUGCGUGAGUUGUAAACACCUCCUCCAGUUCUUAUGCACAUGUAUAAAUGUUAUCUGUCUUUAUUUACACUUUGGUCACUUAACCGUCAACUACACUGGAGAGAAACUGCAGUCAGAGUUCAGCUGAAUGUAAAUUGAGAAACGAGUUGUCUAGCUCAGAAACAAAGAUGUCUCCCUGUGUUUUUUAGAGCAAAACCACCUCUUAGUUUUACUUCACUUUGAGGGGUGGAACAAAAAAUCGAUAAAGCAUAGUAUUGCGAUAUUUUGUCUGGUGAUAUAUCGUAUCGUCUCAUUCACCAAGUGUUGAUUUUUUAGAAUUAAUUGCUAAUAUGAAGUCAAAUCUAUGAUAAUUGAAAAAUAAAAUCAACUGUUUGUCCAGUGAAGUUGGCAAAGAUGACAUUAUAGAGCAGGAGAAAGUUAGUGCAACAAAUGUAUGUAAGGUUUGCAAGAUGUGCUACAUGAAAAUAAAAUACUACAUAAAUAAGACAAACUAAAAGAAAGACUAAUGCUAAAUUAGCUAAACAGUUGAAAAACACAUAUAAAUGCUAUACUCACUGUGUUACAAAAUGUUAAAAAUCGCAAAAGUAUCGUGUUGUGGCCAAAGUAUCGUUACAGUAUUGUGUAGUGGGGCCAUUAGUGAUUCCCAACCCCAGUGCUUUUUCCCUGCUCUGUGUAAGAGGCUCCAGGUGUGUCCAAUUAAGGGCUUCAGGUGUGUCCAAUUAAGGGCUCCAGGUGUGUCCAAUUAAUAAUCAAAUUUCAGUCUCAUUUUAAUUGUUGAACUUUCAGUUGUGCUUUUGAAUGAAAAGAAAAGGUGGACUUUCCUCCCAGCUCAUCAAGAUGCUCUCUUUAUAACAGUUGCAGUAACAGUAACUGUAAUUGAGCCAUCCUCUUCAUGAGUCACAAAAUCACAAUAAGUUUCCAAGCAUCACUAUGGUAUCAUCAUGCAUUUGUCAGUCUCGCUUUGGUUUGGUUUGAUCCGGUCUCUCUUGUUUGUGUCCAGCUCUGCUGUAUGAACUGAAGGUCCCUCGCUGGGACUUUCAGACCGGCCGUCAGCUGCGAACCAGCCCUCUCUACGACCGACUGGACACUCAGGGGGCUCGCUGGAUGGAGAAACACGGCUUUGAGAGACCAAAAUACUUUGUUCCUCCAGGGAAAGGUACUUCCUCUUUAUCUUUGAGUCUCUAAGCAAACCCGGAAAAUCCAAAUCCACUAAUGUUUCUUUACACCCAGCUGGAUCACAGACUUCAAGUAAAGUAAAUGUCAUAAAAAAUGGUCCAACAUUUAAAAUCACAACAUCAGUAGAUAAAAACUAAUCCCUGAAACUAAUUAAAGUGGUUUAUAAUCCCCUUUACUUUCUUAGUUUUAUGGUACAUCAUUUUCUGUUAUUAUCAAAUCCUACAAAAGGUUAAUUCAAUGAUUUUACUGCCAUUUUAUUUGGACCAGGGCUGUCGCAAUAUUACAUAUUGCCCUUGUUAUUACUGUGGCCAUAAAAAAUUCUCAGUAACAAUAUGUUUGCAAUGUUUAUGAAAACCACACAGUCUAAUAGGGGCAAGGAAAGAAAACGGUGGAGCUGCACAUUACUUUGUAAACCUUGCUUAAAAAAAAACACAAAAGACUUACUGACAUGUCAUAUAUUUCUAUCGUUUCAAGUUAAUCUGUGUCACCAGCCUUGUGUUGGAUAAUUCUCUGAAGAAGGGAGUGCCUAAAUUCACCAUAUAUCCUAAAAAAUAGUUUGUAAUCAUCUGACCACCUGAGAGCUGCUGGCAAGUUGCUGCUCUUGCUUCUUUAUCAACCUUCGUCGGCUUUAUGACAUAAAAAAUUCAGAUAUGUUCCAAAAGCAGAUUCAUUUCUGAUUUUGUUUUCAGCUUCAGGAAAUGAGAGUUUCUACCUUGUAUCUCUCAGCUCAGUGAGAAACAUCCUCUACUGCAGUCUGGUUACCUCUUCUCAUUAAUAAAUGACCCUCAACAGCCAAUACUUUCUCUGUCUGGUUGUCUGCUGUCAGAUCUGCUGUCUCUGGACCAGAGUAAGACUUUCUACAAGCCUGACUGGUUUGAUAUUGUGGGUGCAGAAGUGAAAUGCUGCAAAGAGGCCGUCUGUGUCAUCGACAUGUCCUCCUUCACCAAGUUUGAACUCACUGUAAGUUUUGUUCUUCUCUGGACUUAUUUAUAAAUCACCACACAGCUAGAGCAAAAAGAAAGACACUUCUGCUGUACCUUUAACUCUGUACAUGCCUUUAGUCCCUCAUUUGGUGACAAAGUUAUUUAUUAAUGGUUUCCUAUCAGCUUUUUCUUCAUCUGAUGUGUGACAUCCUGCUUAGAAAACGGAAGCAAAUUUAUAAAUGUGUAGCCACAGAUACAACAGAAAUGAAACUUCAUCUGAAAGUAAUUCAUCCACUGUGUUCAAGUGGUUUUAUGUACACUCUUGUUGUUUCUGUUCUGAUAUGCCAGUCAGCACAGGACCAGGCCCUGGACCUGCUGCAGCACCUUUGUGCCAAUGACCUGGACGUUCCUGUCGGGCACAUCGUGCACACCGGCAUGCUGAAUGAGAGAGGCGGCUACGAGAACGACUGCAGCGUGGUCCGCCUCAGCAAGAACAGGUUUGUACCACUUGAGCAGCAUCACAGGGGAGGUCCAGUUUACUGUUUGAGAAAACUAACAUGGUUGUUCCUUUUCCAGCUUCUUCAUCAUCUCACCUACAGACCAGCAGGUCCACUGUUGGUCCUGGAUCAAAAAACACAUGCCUAAUGACCCACACCUCCACCUGGAGGAUGUCAGCUGGAAGUACACCGGUGAGUCUGAAGGACCAUUUCAAGGAACUGCUGUGACGUCGCCAUCUAGUGGCCACAUGAUGUAAAAGCCUGCAGGCAAUGCUGCAGUGUCCCACAGCUCCAAUCACAGUUCUGAGAUUGACCUGGUUUGAAGUUUUGCAUCGAUGAAAUCUGAUACUGUAGAGACCAAGACGGUGCUUAAUCACUAAUUUGAAAUGUAAUUACCUUCACUGUCUGAAAUAUGAGCAAACAGUGACUGCGAUCUCUACCUGAAGCAUAAUUGACUGUGAAAUGACAGUAUAAUUCAGCUGAAUCUUCAAAGUUUAACGGCCCUUAAAAACAGCCCUGUGGUAACAUUUAAACUAUCAGAUCAGAUCAACUCUUAUUCUUGAUUCAUGCAGACGUGGAUUAAGUGGAUUUGGUGAAUUUUAUUCUGGCUCAGAAUGAACACCGUUCCUCUAAAGCUGUUAUUGCUGUCAGUGUUGAAAGCCUGAUGCAGUUAGGAUGUGAAACAUUUAUACAUGCACCUGUAUAUUGUUACAUCUGUGAAGUGGCAGGAUGCCAAAGUGGGCUUCAAAUCUACCUUUAGCAGGAGAAAUCCUUUUAGCUUUGAGUUUUCGCUGAUCCACUUUCUGCAGUUAAGCACAGGGACACAUGUGCUCAACUUACAUUUUUCUUUCAACAUCAACUAUCAGAUAAUUCUAAAAUUUGUUUUGUGACAAUUUGAGGACUUCUUCCUCCUCAGAAUAUAUGUGGCGCAUACUUUGAAAAAUUGCAGCCGUGUUGCAGCUGGUUGCACACACACUUGUUCUUCUUCUCAUCGACAUGCAGUGGUAGAUUGUGUACCACUGAGUCAAAAUGUACCGGCUUGUAAAUGUGUCAAUAAAAGCGCGCAUCCCUAUUUUUAUUUUGAGUACAAAUAGAUUAAGCUUGCUCCAGUCUGAAUGAAACAUCUAUUGACGUAUGUCCCGACCUCACCGUUUCAAGGGAAAUGAUUAUUGAACACACAUAAUGACUGGCUCUGUAGAAAUAUUGUUAUCGGUGGUUAUUACAUCAACAGUAAUUGUGAAUUAAGUCAUAAAACCUCUCCAGUGGCAGCUCCUCAUCAUGGCUGUAUUAAAUUUUCAUGAUAUGAUUAAAGCUGUUCAUUUAAGCUACACUGUAAUCUGCGUCGUGAAGCCCCGUUGGUGACACGAGUUGGAAGUUUUAGGUUGUUCCUAAAAACUUCUGGUGCCUCACAUCACGUUUUUAGUCUUAGAUGACGUCGGUGUGCCGUUACUUAAUCCCUGUUAACUGAAAUCUUUUUGAAGUUUGAUAACCCUGAUGGUUCAUCUACAGCUCUAAAUCUGAUUGGACCACGUGCCAUGGACGUUCUGGCUGAGCUCUCAUACGUUUCGAUGACACCUGACCACUUUCCCUCCAUGUUCUGUAAGGUAGGAAACAAGGCUGCAUCAAUGUGAUCAUUGUUAAAGUGGUCAUAACUGAAAUCAAUAAACUCAAGUUUUGUUGCAGAAGCACUGACAGGCUCACCUGUAGCUGCAGCAGCAGACAAACAGUCACUGACUCUGUGUGUGGAUGUGUGUAUACAGGAAAUGAGUGUCGGUUAUGCUAACGGGAUCAGAGUGAUGAGCAUGACUCACACGGGCGAACCAGGCUUCAUGCUCUACAUCCCCAUAGAGGUGAGCUAUUGUCAAACAGCAAAGACAAACAGUACAGACAGUAUACUUAUUGAAUCAGGUUUAAGGAAGCUUUACAAACUACAGCACAUCAGGUCUAACAUCCGUCUGUCUUCUGCUCUUCACAGUACGCUCUGCACGUCUACAACGAAGUGAUGUCGGUGGGUCAAAAGUACGGGAUUCGUAACGCUGGCUAUUACGCACUGCGCAGCCUGCGUAUAGAGAAAUUCUUCGCCUUCUGGGGUCAGGACCUCGAUGCCUUCACCACCCCGCUGGAGUGUGGGCGAGAGUUCAGGGUUAAGUUUGACAAGGUUAGUUCACAGAUCCGCUGUUUGGCCUUAACUAACAUUGUAAAAUAUGAAUAACGCUUUUACUGUCUCAGAUUUAAAAAAAAGAAAGUUUGGUAACACUUGAUAUGAACUGAUUAUCAAGAAAAGAGCUGAACACUCAACAUCAGUCCUAGUAUUCUUACUUGUGGUGCGGUAGUCAGAUAAGAUAAUACAAAAAGGCUGUAGAGGACUCGCACACAGAAAGAUAAAAAAGACAAAUGUCCUAAAAAGUUAGAUCCAUUUUAAUGCUAGGAUCAAACAAAUAAGCAGCAAACAUUUCAGUCUCCAUCGACUAUUGUAGGUGCAAUAGUGAGAGGUCUGUCUGAGUGUGUCUUUGAGUUCUUCUCAGUCAGACUGGAGAGCUUAAUUGGACACACCUGAAGCCUUUAAUUGGACUCACCUGGAGCCUCUUACACAGAGCAGGUAAUUGAGCCGGGGUGUGGCCCAGGAUGCAUUGUCACACAUGACAUUACAGCGAUACAAAACAAAUCCAUGUGACUCACCAUGGACCCUGAGUCUGAAAUAAAGCAUGUCUUAUUCUAUUUACAUACAUAAGCCAUGGACCUAAAGGUAAUUAUUUUCAUCAAUGGAUACAUGUGGACUGGAAAUGGGGUUAGCUAGUGCAAACAGACACACUCACAAAAAAGCAAGCUAUUUCUAAUUCUUCAUUUAAACCAUAGGGAUGAAGUGUUUUAAGAUAAAAAAUGUAUUUCCAUUCACAUUGUGAAAGUGUUUGAUCAAUAUUUCCACCACGACGUUUGGGGAAUAUCAUAUCAAUCCCACAGAAUGCUAGGUCAGAUAGAGAGUGGUUGCCAUCUGAAAAGUGCCUGGCCACAGCUGACUUGGAGUCAGCCCAGUGAAUAGAGCUUUUAUGUUCAUUAAUGCAAAGUCUCAGUAGAGCUGCAUGUUACCAGUUUUUUUAAUUUUAUACCCUUUUUUCUAGUGACAAAGCUGGAGAAGGUAUUGACCUUUUCACCAUUAGAGCAGGCAGCACAGUUGAGGUAGGGGAAAUAAAAACUAUUGCACUGACGAUAGUCGAUUGAGACUGGAACACUUGAUAUGAACCCACCUCUUAUAAUUAAUCAUUAGCUUAUUUAUAAAAUCUUAUAAAUGCAUCUAUAUGGUUUUAUAACGAUCCUUAUGAGUGAUAACAAGCAUUUAUAACAGCCUAUAGCAAUGUUGUUGAAGUGUGAUAAGCAGCCAGUAUAAUUCCCUUUAAAGGGAUGGUUUAUACUUAAAUGCAAGAGAAAAAAAGAAGUAUAGAUAUGUUAUUGUUGUAAAUUAUUUUGUCUGACACUUUACUUACAGAUGCAAAUUACUGCUUUAAGUUCUUUAUGUGUUACGGGAAAGUUAUUUUUUCAUAACUUCAUACAGUGCUGUCAGUUGACAACACAUUUUCUGAAUUGAGAAUUAGAGAAUCAGUCAUAACUAUUAAUAGAGAAUUUAUAAGGCUUUAUAAAUGUGCGUUAUAGGAGGUUGGUUCAUAUAAAGUCUUACCAAAAGUUCAAUCUGCUGCAUGUUUUUUCAGUCAACUGCAGCUUCUCUCCUCCAUCUAUUCAGGCUGUUUCAGGGAAGAAGAGAUUCAGAGUUAUUAUUGAAUAUUAGUGAGUUUUCAGUCUUUCUACACUCAGUGAUCGAGCGAUAGUGUGUCUUAGGCAAACAGUCGCUGAACAUCGCGAGUUGCAGAACAAUAAAAGCCACCUCACCACCUGCUUGGUUAAACCCGGAGAUGUCUAUGUUGCAGUCUUUUCUGUGACUUAGAGGAAAAAUCGUCUCCAAGCUGCACCUGCAGGCACAACAGGUGGCCCUUUACUCCAGCAGCACUGAAGUUUACCAUCCCGCUCAUUCUGCUGCGCGCAGCAGUAAUGUCAGCGCAGUAUUAAUGAAUGGCUCUCACAGUGUGAAAUUGGUUUCACAUAUUGCUCUGCGAUGACUAUUCAUCAGCAGAAUCUAUAUCUUUAUUGUAAGGUUUGUUAUUAAAACACAUAUAAAAAUGAAGAAUAGCUCCUGUUUUCUCCCAGGAGCCGUGCAGUGUUUGGAGAUGAUUUUUUUUUCACAACCCCUCACAGUGCCCUUUCUCUCUCUUCCCCUCUAUUCAUCUCUUUUCCCCUCUCUCUGCCCUUUUUAUCUUCAUUUCUCACCUCUCUUUUUCUUCAUAUUUUUCCCAUCAACUCACUCUCUUGUCUUUCCUCUGACCCUCUAUCAGGACACGGACUUCCUCGGACGUGAGUCCUUGCUGCAGCAGCGCCAGGAUGGCGUAUCUCGGCGGUUCGUCAUGCUGGUUCUGGAGGAUCAUGACACUGAGCUGGACCUGUGGCCAUGGUGGGGUGAACCCAUCUACUGUAACAGUCAGUUAGCAGGCACGACUACCAGCAGCGCCUACAGCUACACUCUGGAGCGCCACGUCUGCCUCGGCUUUGUGUCUCCACCUUUUGGUCCAGAGGGGCUCCCCACACCUAUCACCCCAGACUUCAUCAACCGUGGGGACUAUGAGGUGGACAUUGCCGGCCAGCGCUACCCAGCGAAAGCAAAACUUUACCCCUUCAGCUCGCUCUUCACCCAGCAGAAACGCCGCAAGGAAGACAUAGAGUUAGGCAACCUUCACGGGAAGUGAUGCAGAGAGGGAUCCUCCUUAACACUCCUCCACUUACCAAAUCCACUCCUGCACUUAUCUCACCGUGCCAACAUAUCGCCCCUCUCUGUCUCUUAAUCUGAGGGCUGUAUGCACAAUCACUCCAAGUCUCUCCUGUUCCAGACUUCCAUGCUGCAUCGCCCUCGUCCAAAGUGCAAUAUUUAAAAAGCACCGAAUGCUUGAACUGCGUAAUAUCCACAUCUCCUGUUUUAUCAAACUCUGCAGCUUCUCUCCAGCCCCGCUCUGCUUCAAACUCACAAACUACAGUCUGCAGAUAAGUGCCUUUGUGAAGGCAACAUCACCACCAACUUGUGUGGGACGAUUAUUGUUUUUUCACUGCGUUCACUUUAACCCACUGAGAAGGGAUUUUGACCGACAAUCUUCUCUUGACAUGCAAUGGCCACUUUUGUGUUUCGUCACUGCAGAGCCUGGGAGAGUUUAAAAGGAACUUCAUUACAUGCUGAUGUGCACAGUCAAAAUGUACUACUUGAUAUCGUACAUUUGUUUCUGUAGAGAAUACAAGUGGGUAGAUGUUGUGUGUAGACACUUUAUACUUUCUCUGGUAUCAAUGACACUAUCGGCUAUCCCUAACAAUGAAGGAAACUCUUCCCCCUAAUAAAGGGAGACGGCUUUAAAAAGCCAGAGUACAGCUCCAGAAAGCCUGAUGUCUAUGUAAGUUAACACUUCUUCUGUCUCACCUAUCAUAUCUCCUUUUUGUCGUCUUGAGAGGGCUUUUAAAGCUCUCCUUAAGACCUACAAUUACCCUUUCAGUUCCUUUAUUGUCGUCUUUAUGAUCUGCUUUCAACUGUCCUGCUGUUUGCUGCUGUGGUAGUGUGUUGACGGUAAUGUAACCCAGCCUGUUAUUUAUGUUGUGUGCUCAUUUAGGAGUGCUGUUGCUUAAGGUUUAUGCGAUAGAUGUGUGUUUGAAUGUAUCAGCGAUGUCAGGCGGGGGGGACGACUAAAGCUGUAAUAUCAGACAUCUUAAGUAAACAAUAUCCUACAUCAGUAAUUAUACUUCUGCCUGAUCUGAUGGAGAGUUGUGUUUGUGUAAAAAAAAAAAAAACACGUUUCAUUGUGGUUUGAAUAAAGUAAUGUAUUUUUGUACAGCCAGUGUAUAAAAAUCUCUAUUUUCUGAUCUGCACCUUUUCUAGUUAAUUUUAAGUUUAUCAGAUACUCGAAUCAUCAGCAUGUGCGUCUGAUAUUUGUUUCAAUCGUCUUCAGAGUAUUGAUGAACAUCGUUGCAUCAUCUGUCAGCAGCAGCAGCAGUCUGAUUUUAUUCCAUUUUUCUUUAAAGGGAUCUGGUCAGAGAGUCAGGGCUUCAGGCAGCAUCCAGACUCAUGUUGUCACUUUAUAAUUUGUGUUUUGUUUGGAGAAGCUAAUUUCAAAGUAGACCGACAGUUCAUAUCAUACAAGUGGACAGUUAAAGUGCUUGUACUGUACCUGCUGAAACACCAAAUUAAGUGUAAAAAAAAGUACUAAAUUAAAAAUAAACAAGGACAAAAACACAAGACAACCUACUUCAACCCCCAGUGAUUGGCUUUAAAUAGAGAGGUUAACAUCUGUCAUUGAUCUUUGACAAUGUUGCUGGAGAGUUGUUUUUGCUGUUGACGUUAAAAAUGCUCUUUGUCUGCACUGAUAUCUUUAGAGUUGUAAAAUCACAUAUCUGUCCCUGAGCUUUAUUUUUAAGAAGACUUGCUGAUCUCAAAAGCAGCACUGAAAGUUCCCUUUAUUAGGGCACUACGUAAAGCACCUUUGCCUCUGAAAGAAGAGACAUGAAUCAAACAUUGAAACAUGAAAAAUCGGACUUUGUUUUUGACCAGAUAUAGAUUUCAGCGUGACUAAAUGAAAUGAUGAUCAUUGUAUUUGAUGUUAUGAAAAGUCAGCUGAUUCUUUCCUCUAUAAAAGGACCAUAAAUAGAAAAGAGAAAGCAGCUGCUUUGGGAGUCUGACAUCACUCUGAAAGGGCUAACAUCUGUUUGUGUGCUGCAUUUGUUAAAAAAAUAAUAACUUGUUAAAAUUAAAUGAAACUGUUGUGUGAAUCCUCGUGGGUCUUUGUGUCUGAGUCGGGUGUUUUCAGUGAUGGUACUCCGCUUUGGCUUUCUGUGACAAACUUUUUUGGCCUCGUUUUUAUAAGAACUCAAACACUCUUUCCAAAUAUGUUUUCUUUUUUUUAUCAGAGUACAGCAAAGUGGGAUCAAACACAUCCUUGGAGUUUAUGAACUUCUAGCAGAUCUCAGUGAGUCCAAGAUGGCCUGCUGAGUAUUUUUGCAGCUGUUUUGACUUCUUUUUUCUUCAUUGUUUGAUGAACCACUGAAGGGAAUAGAUCCAGAGCAUAUGCACUGACUAAAGGCAGCCUGCUGAUUUCCUUUAUUUCUAACAGUGGUGAAGGCUCUCUUCCUUUAUUUUGAAAGGGUAGACCGACUCAAACUCUGUUGUUUUGUAAAAAAUAUGAUUGAACUGGCCCUGGACCGCACUUACAGCCCACUCAACUCCACUUGUCUUUUCAAACACUGUGGCGCUCCACUCGGCGCGGUGCAUGUUUGCCUCUCAUUUAACGUUUCCAUUUUACAACUCUUGUACAUGACUGAUCUGUAAAUGUGUUCUUUCCUGAAGAGCUUUACUAAACUGUAUAUCAUGUUAAACUGAUGAUGUUUGCUCUCUAAUGUACUUCUACAGUCAAAUAUAAAGAGGACACUGUUCAUACA